AUGGUCAUUCCCUCCUCCUAUUCUCGUGUGGUGAGCAUGAGGUUUAUGUUUAAAGCAAUGAUGCUUUCCUCAUCAAUACUAGUGUUUCUAUCGAGCACAACAUACUCGUCCUUUGUAUUGGAUCCCGAAACUCUUCUUAGGACAUCUUUGAAGAAAAAUAAUUUGUUAAUUAAUGAAUCUAAAAUAGGUCAUAUUGAGUCGUAUUAUGAGGAUCCCAAAAGACACAUCAAGUCAGCAACUUUUGUGUCUAAAAAGUUUAAAAUGGGACCAGGAUCAGUUGUGGAGACACAAAUGGUAGAUAUUGAUUUCCCAAGAGGUCAUGUUGGUAUUAAGAGUUUUGAUGCUGAACUAAUUGAUGAAAAAGGGAAUCCUGUGCCUUUGUAUGAAACUUACCUCCAUCAUUGGUUUGCUUUAAAAUACUUUGACGACCCAAAAUCAACUAAAAGUCUUAAGGAAAGAGCCAUUUUUGUGAGAAACCAGGGAACAUGCCAAGGUGGUAUUCUUCCACAUUAUUGGGGCUUGGGAGGUGAAUCACGAGGAACAACCUCAAACAUUCCAGAUCCUUUUGCAGUAGAAGUAGGUAAUUCUGCAGAAAUUCCUAAUGGGUUUGAAGAGAAAUGGUUCUUCAAUAUCAUGGCCAUUGACACACGUGGCGUACAAGAUAGGAAAGGUUGUUCCGAAUGCAGAUGUGACCUUAUGAAUAUCACAAAAGAUUUUCUUAGUGCCAAAAAGGGUGUUGAUGGCAAACCAUUGAACCCUGAUUAUAAGGGAGGAAUCUUUUGUUGCGAUGACAAGUUACAGUGCAAAUUGAGAGAGGGAUUUCAAGCCUCAACUAGAAGUCUUGCCCUGAGAUACAAAAUAAGGUGGGUUGAUUGGGACAAAAUUCAAGUCCCUGUUAAGGUUUAUAUACUUGAUUCCACUGAUAAGGUCAGGUCGAAUGGCUCCAAAACAAUCCAUGAGUGCAAGGUUGAAUAUGAUAUUCCGAAAAAUGGGAAUAACAACUCCCCUCAUGUCCAAAAAGCAAAUAUCCCAAUGGAAAAAGGCGGUUAUCUCAUCUACGGCACUGCUCAUAUGCAUACCGGUGUUGUUAACGCAACUUUAUAUGGACAGGAUGGAAGGAUUUUGUGUACUUCAACACCAAAAUAUGGAACGGGAAAGGAAGCGGGAAACGAGGAAGGUUACGCUGUUGGAAUGUCUGUUUGUUAUCCACAACCAGGUACUGUCAAGAUUAAUGAUGGUGAAACUUUGACCUUAGAAUCAAGAUACAAAAGUGAUUUUACCAUCGGAGCUAUGGGGCAAUUCUACAUCUAUUUGGCAGAACGACUACCACAAGAUAUAUAG